GGAGGAUGAGCAACCGAACGGGUACAUCAUGAACAAAGCUAUAAAGGAGCUCGAGGCGUGGGCGGUCCUGAAUUCGUACUGGGUUGACACCGAUAACACCGACGACAAGGCGAACCUGCUCCUCGACCUCAUCUACUCCAAGAAGACCCUCCUCCAGCUCCUCUACCAGCAACGGCCCAGCGACGAGUUCAACCUGGACUCGUACGACAAGCAAGUGAAAGCUCACAUGCACGAUCCCCCAACAGCUGCGGGGUACAAGCUGGUCCUUAGCUCUCAUCUUUUCAUGGGUGAAGGGACGGAUGCAAUCAAGGACCCCGUUCCUGCAGGUUCCCGGAACAGGGAAGACGAAGCCCAGAUCAAGGUCAACAUGGUGGACGGCGGUGGUGACGAGAACCCCCGCUUUUACGCCAAGAAGAUGACGUCCGCUGUGCUGUUCAUGCGCGGCGAGUACGAGCUGCUCAUUUGUGCGACGCGCGCUGCCGGGUGGAGUGCGUACAACCCCGUGGAGCGCGGUCAGUGCUACCUAACCCAGGCGUUGGACGGCUGCAUCUUCGAGUCGGACUUCUAUGGCAAAGCGCGUCUAAAAACGGACGGUUCGGCAGCGUCGGACGCGGACGCCAAGCUCGAGAGACGAAAUUUUGAGUACGCGGUGGAAAAGUGCCGGGACACGUUGGACAGGUCGGCGGCAUUCGACAGGGAGAUCAAGGCCGUCGUUCCCCCCUCUCCCGAGACCAGCUCCCCGUUUGUGUUCAUCGACGACGAGGCGUUCGAAAGCUACCGCAAGAGCAGCGGGGAAGGCGGCUGUGGAUGCCAAGCUGAAGAUCGUUGCACAAGCGCGCGGUGCCGAAAGUGUUGGGACCAAGGUUUGCCGUGCACCAAGCGCUGCGGGAAGUUGCUGGUAUUGCAGUAG